AUGGAUCUUUCCCCGAUAGCUGCCCGAUUUGAGCGGCGUCUCCAUGUUAAUUAUCAUUUUACGCGCCGAUGCAAUUAUGAAUGUGGUUUCUGCUUUCACACUGCGAAAACCUCCUACCUGGAGCCACUAGAAUCCGCAAAGAAGGGACUCACACUGUUGAAGAAUGCCGGGAUGAGGAAGAUAAACUUCGCCGGCGGGGAGCCGCUGCUCUACCCCAAGCAUCUCGGAUCGAUGAUUAAGUUCUGCAAAGAGGAACUACAGAUCGAGUCGGUCUCGAUUGUGACGAACGGGAGUCGACUGACGCAAAGCUUUCUCUCCACAUACGGCAAGUACAUCGAUAUCAUCGCCGUGUCAUGCGACUCGUUCCGGGAGGAAACCAACGUCAAGAUCGGCCGGGGCACCGGGGCCCAUCUGGACAACAUCGCCCGGAUAUCAGAACUGUGUGUGCAGCAUGGGAUCAAAUUCAAGUUGAAUACGGUGGUGAAUCGAUUCAACUUCGAUGAAGAUAUGAACGCGUCGAUCGCCAAGGUCAACCCGUUUCGGUGGAAGUGUUUCCAGGUGUUGAUCGUGGAGGACGAGAAUGAUUCCAGCGACACGCUGCGGGAUGCGAGGAAAUUCACUAUCACGGACGAGGAAUAUGAGCGCUUCUGCAAGACCCACGCUCACAAUAAAUGUUUUAUUGCCGAGUCGAAUAAGGUCAUGAAGAGCUCCUAUCUGAUCAUGGACGAGUACAUGCGCUUCCUCAAUAAGGGUACUGGUGAACCAACUCCGUCGAUUCUGGAGGUCGGCGUAAGCGAUGCUUUACGCCGUGUUCACUUCGAUAAGGAGAACUUUUUUCUGCGUGGUGGAGUGUAUGAUUGGGUCAAAACUCCGGAGUCUUGUGGGACUACGAGUGAUCCCAAGCUGGACUGGUGAUGAAUGUUAUGACGAUUAUAUAUUUUGAAUAUUGAGUAUUCACCUCCUGUAGUUAACUCACGCUUAUUUGGUAUUGUUUUGAAGCUAAAAAUGAGCCAUCAAUAUCACAUACGCGUAUGGGGAUGCACUGGAAUAAAGAAAGGGCAAAUCGGGGUGGUGCCUGAU